GGGAAGGGGGAUUGUGUAGGCCCAAUAGGCUGUUCAGUGCUGCCUGCCGGUGCCGGGAGCUGGUGGUGAGGUGCCUCCGCAGCGACAGGACCGGACCGUGAACCCGGAGACUGUACACACAGAGGGGAAGGACGCACAGGAUGGAGCGGAUGUCUGAGGAGGCGCUCAGGCUGAACCUGCUGAAGAGGGGGUUAGACUCCAGUGAGCGCGAUGAGGCUCUGGCCAAGCGGCUGAAGAUGGAGGGCCACGAGGCCAUGGAGCGCCUGAAGAUGCUGGCACUGCUGAAACGGAAAGACCUUGCUGAUCUAGCAGGUCUGGAUGUAGCAGGACCCCUUGGAGACGGGAAGGGCCCUGGAGGUAGCACCUUGCACCACCAAAGCACCAUGGGUACUGGAUCUUAUGAGGAAAAGAUAAAUGGGAGCCUGCGGCUUGGGGGACACAGCAGCCAUGCUGUACAGACCAAGAAUGGAAAGGAGAAUAUCCUGGAUGAACCAGUGGAUAUGAGUGCUGGGAGACGAGGUGAUGCAGACCAUGUAAGAAGAACUCCAUCACCAGACGUCAUUAUUUUGUCAGACAAUGAAGCAUCCAGCCCAAGAGCAACCCCUCGUCCCGAAGAGAAGAUGCACCGUGCCAACCUCGAAAUGUUUAAGGGUAAAACUGGAGAGGAGCGGCAGCAGAUGAUCAAAGCCCUGAGAGAGGAGCUGCGUCUGGAGGAGGCCCGUCUGGUGCUGCUCAAGAAGCUCCGCCAAAGUCAGAUGCAGAAGGAGAACAUGGUGCAGAAGGUGCCAGUGGUCCAGAAUGCUAGCUCUGCGCAGCCUCCACCACUGCACAGCUCUUCGGGACUCAGUAAGCUGCCAGCACGCCCCGGCAUGCACAACCCAGAGCCCCAGAACCUACGCACUGCUCAGGGCCACACAGUCAUCAGGUCAGCGGCCAACGCCAGCCUGCCUCCAAUGCUGAUGUCUCAGCGAGUGAUCGCACCGAACCCUGCCCAGUUACAUGGACAAAGAGGACUCUCCAAGCCUGGCAUGGGCCGCUCCGGCAGUAUGGCCAAUGCUGUCAGCUACCAGACCGGUCAACAGGUGUCAUCUCAGCACUCCAGCUCCAGUGCCAUCUACAUGAACCUGGCCCACAUGCAAGCAGCAGCCGCAGCAGGCGCAGGGGCUUUAGGCGGGGCCUCUGCUGUCAGUCCAUCCACCGGAGUGGGUGGCAUAACCGACCAGGCCAGCAGCCAAGCAGCAGCCAAACUGGCUCUGAGAAAACAACUAGAGAAAACCCUCCUGGAGAUUCCGCCGCCUAAACCCCCGGCCCCACUCCUUCACUUCUUGCCCUCUGCAGCCAAUAGUGAGUUUAUUUACAUGGUAGGACUGGAGGAAGUGGUGCAGAGCGUCCUUGACAGUCAGGGUAAAUUCAGAGGGUCAUUGUCCCGCAUGGAGCCUUUCUUCUGCGCCCAGUGCAGAACUGACUUCACACCCCACUGGAAGAGAGAAAAGACUGGACGAAUUCUAUGUGAACAAUGCAUGACAUCCAAUCAGAAGAAGGCUUUGAAGGCUGAACACACCAACCGACUGAAGAAUGCCUUUGUGAAAGCCCUCCAGCAGGAGCAGGAGAUCGAGCAGAGACUGCAGCAGCAGGCCACGCUCUCCCCCAGCUCCUCCUCAACUGGCUCCAACUCUUCAAAGACAGACUCGAUGAUCCGACACCAUGCACUCCGCCAGGCAUCCCAGCCUCAAGCCCAGGCAUCCCUCCAGCGAGGCCUGUCAAACUCUGCACGGGGCGUCCUGUCUAAUUUCGCCCAGGCCUCCCAAUUGUCUGUGGCCAGCAGCCUCAUGGGUAUGACUAGUGCUAAGCAUUGUGGCAGUGGGAGCAGCAGUAGCAGCAACAGACUCCAGCAUGACAGCCAUCGUCAGAUAUACAACAUCCCAGGUAAUAGCCACAUCCUCAGACACCCAAUGAGCCUAACCUUAGUGCAUGUCCUGACAUGUGUGUCAUACUCCACAGGACUAAAUAUUGCGUACCUGAAUCCAGCGGCCGUCGGCGCCCACAAGAGCUCCAGCCUAGCAGAUCGACAGAGAGAGUACCUGUUGGACAUGAUCCCACCACGCUCCAUAUCACAGUCCAUUACUGGACAGAAAUGAGCCCCAUUGCCCUCUGAGCCACACUAAAGCACUCCCAAUCAGCCAAACCCCAGCCUCCCCGACGCAUGCAGUGCCUGUCGUGUGCCUACCUUUACCACCCCAUAAGUUCCUGCUCAGACAAAUUAAUUGUCCAGGCAUUUCAAAGUUCUUUAUUGUAGUUAAAAUUAUUUGUCCAUAUUAUUCAUAUCAUUCUUAGUAGCACUAUUAUUGUACUUAGAACUUUUUUUUUCAGUUACUAUUGUAUUCAUUAUGUGUUUCACUUUUUACUUGCUGUACCAUCAAUUGUUAGAAGUGAUGGUAAAUCUUGGAGGUCUGCUGAGGCCUUCGUCAUAGGAUGUCUCCUCCACUCAUUUAGCCUAGCUUCAUUGUGAGUGUUGUUAGGAACAAGAUCAACAGGGUGCAUUCUGGUUGCUAUGCAACAUUUAACAAUCUGAAAACCUUUUGACCAUUGUAUUUUUCUCUUAAAUUUAUCAUGGACUGGCGGCAACUUGAACAGAAAUAGAUUAUUUGUUAGCGCAUGAUUUUGAGGAAAUGGAGAUAAGGACAAGGAUCCAAUUUUGGUGGCCAACUUUGUUUUUGAACAGAAUUACAGAAUUCAUGUUUCAUUGUGAAACCAUCUAAGCUCAUCAAGUGGACACUAUCACGCCAACACAAUUCCUGGUAUAUAAGCUCUGAAAGCUUGUGUGUUUUUCUUUUGUCUGUUUUCUGUUGAAUAUUGGCAUCGUUAUCUUUAAAUGGGCUGGCCACCUCUUGUACCAGUUGGAUGUACUCAUUCACGCUGCUUAAUAGUAGACCGGCACAUCCUGUUAGCAGUCAGUGGUGGGGCAGGAGUCCAGUCAUGCCCUCUCUACAGUGGACUCAGUGUUUACGUGAGCGAUGGUGUCACUGAGACUCACCCUCCAGGUCUCUCUUUUCUUCAUGCACCUUUGCUUGUCCAGUUUGCCCAGUAUGCACGGACUGGCCCUUUGAUCCCAGCAGCUCCUCCUGGCAUAUGCUCUUUACAGGACUUCAAUCAACAGGUGUUAGCACAUCGGUGCACACAAACCAGACGUUAUGUACUUAAAGCCUUCAUUUCUGGGCUUGAUGUUAUAUAGAUUUCUAGAUUGUUUUGUCUUCUUUGCCCUUGUUUUUAAUUUGAAUUUUUUUCAGUUUUACUUUUUGGCGGCGUCUCCCCUCAUGUCGGGGCAAACCUGAAAGGAAAAGCCCCUGGAGACGGUAAUAAUCAACAGCUGAGGACAGAAACUAUGGAAAUCUGUAUGGAUUAUGUACAGACACAGAGAUUGAAAGAAAAAUGUGGACUUUUUAUCUUUUGUGGAAGAGACAUGGAUCAAUCAUUGUGUGUAUAUUUAUACACACAAAUUGCCUCACUCCAGAGGAGCACUUUUCAUAUUUCCAAUUGGAAACUUUUUUUUAAAGUAAAGAAUGUUACAAUUAAGUCCAGUUAAGGUCUGGGUGCAGAGAGGAUUGUGCAUUGUACCAUGUAUAGAGGAUGAAUGACUUUUUUUGUCUUUACAGAUGUUGGAUCUUGUGUGUUCAGAGAAAAUUGGUUGUGAUGGUUUAUCUAAGGUCCCUGCAACUGUACAAAUUCACUACAGAGCCCCAGAGUCCUGACCAGAGCAAUAAUUUAUAACAAGCAACUUCUCCACACUGUCUCAUGUAUGGGCCCUGCCAUUAGUUAGCCUUUGACACACUGAGAUUGUAAUGGCAUCCAAAAGCUGGCAUAAUCAUGUUUAAACCACAGCAAGGGCUGGACAUUACAUCAGUUACUGACUGUUCAGCAUCUGCUCUGCACAUUAUCAUCCACUGCCCUGUACAGGCUGUGCACAUUGACUGGUUAAAGUAAAGAUGCAUUCUUUUGGGAAUAACGGGGGCAAUCAAUAGUACAAAUCCCUUAAAUAUAUAGCACUUUGAGUAUACUAUAGUAUACAAACGUUGAGUUCUCAAGUACACAUUAAACAGUUUGGCGGUGUGGAUGCAGUUCCCUUUAUCUCCACUAGUGUGUGUGAGUGUCCAGUAUUAUUCAGGACUGUUGGGACUGUGGAGUGAAAAGUGAAGGACAGGAAGCAUAAUCAGUGCAGGUUCAGUGGGCGCUUAUUUUAAACCAGCCCUAAACAUGAUUAAUUGUUAAUGAAUAGUUUUAUUGUCACUCAAACACAUUUGUCGUAGCCAAGCCCAGUCGACAUGACAGACUAUGGUGCUCUUCAGCCUAAACUAAUACUGGCUAUUAUGUUACUGCAGUUCAUUUCUGUGCACUUGUACAAACAAGAAUGUAUGACUGUUUUGAUUUACAUGAGAGCGGCCUGUCUGUCUGGUAUUUUACCUUUACCUCUAAAAACAGCAUGGACAGGUUUUUAUUCUGGCAUUAAACUUGAUAUUUUUAUCAGAAUAAAAAGGGACAGGAAGUUGUUUGACUAUACAUUCUACUGACAUUCUCUCACUAUUCAGGUCCCGCAGUAUUUCUUCUCUAUUCAGUGUUAUUAUGAGGUUGGACCAUAUUAGCUGGGCCUUGGCUCUACACCUGUGUUACUGUGUUCUGGAGUCAGUGGUUCUGCAGUAGUUGGCACCGGUCUGUCAGGAUGAGAAAAGUCUGGUGGAGCAGCCCAGACCCCUAGAAAACGAGCCCUACUCGAUGCUCACAUCCCACUGGUCCCAACUGGAUCAGACGUCAACUCAAGUUUACACCUUUUUAUUUUAAGCCAAGAAAAAAAAAAUGCUUACCUAAAUGCUUUUUGGAAUCAGAUUCCAAAGAACAGGAUUUGUUUAUUGUAAAUUGUAAUGGCACUCUUAUUUGGUUUUGGUAAUGCAAUUUUUAUGCAUCUCAUUCAGCUGCAGGCUGAAUUAAAACCCCUUGUUUUCUGCUUUUCUGCUUUUUAUUGCAAAUGUGAUCAAAUCUAAACUUAAGAUUUCAAAAGUUUUUCAUGUGUAUUGAAUGAUUUGUUUUAUUUUCAUUGCAGUUUAAAAGAAACAAAUUUAUUGAGUAUGAAAUAAAUGACAUGAUAUUUGCUAGGUUUGAAGUAAUAAGGACUUAUUGUACAUAAACAUUUUUUCCUCCCUUGUACUAAAAAAAGAAAUGAAAUUGUUGUAUAUUGUGUAGAAAAGCAAACAAAAAGCCAUGAAUAUUGUGAAUCUUGUCAUUUCGUUUUGUGAUCACUGUGUAAUAUUGUGUAACAUAUGUGCAAAAUGUUUGGGAUUCUUUUUCCUCCUGCUUUUGAAAGCAAUCUCCCUGAAUGCAUUUGCUUUAUUGACAAGGUUGCAGGAUUGUACAUUGAUUUAGAUGACAGUCACUCUCCAAUGAACCUUUUGAGAACUUCUUGAAAAUGUUUCUUUGUGGUCACAUGUGUAAGAAAACAUGAUGUUACAUUAUUUUGAGUGGAAGGGAAGUGACCAAAUGACAUCCUAACGCAUUUAGACAAAUUAAUUUGUAAUCUAAAUAAACUUACAUAAACACAUCCAAAUUUGUGUCAUGUGACCCUCAAAAUUGAGUUGUCAACCAUCUUCAGUUGUUUUAACUUGUACAUUUAUUUGGUUUGUUUAAGUAUAUUUCAACCAAACAUUGAAAAGGAAACAUCUAUAAAAAGUUGACUAUUUGAGUCAUAUUGCUUUGCUUACUCCAAUCCUGACCUUUUGCACAUAGUUGAUAUUUAACAGUCUCAAAAAUAGUAAAAGAAAAUAAUGCUGUUUGAAUACUGCCAGUUGUUUGCCAAUUAUGCAUUGAUUGAAAAAAAUAAGCUAAUUUUGGAGGAAAUAACUUUGUAAUAUUUAUCUCUUGCAAGCUAUGUUUAAUAAAGGUCAAAACAAUUUGC